AUGAUGUAUUUACAUAAUGGCCCCGUCGCCGCCCGCAGCGACCCCGUCGCCGCCCGCAUCGGCCCCGUUGCCGCCCGCAGCGGCCCCGUCGCCGCGCGCAGCGGCCCCGUCGCCGCCCGCAUCGGCCCCGUUGCCCCCCGCAGCGGCCCCGUCGCCGCGCGCAGCGGCCCUGUCGCCGCCCGCAACGACCCCGUCGCCGCCCGCAUUGGCCCCGUUGCCGCCCACAGCGGCCCCGUCGCCGCGCGCAGCGGCCCCGUCGCCGCCCGCAGCGACCCCGUCGCCGCCCGCAUCGGACCUGUCGCCGCGCGCGCGGCCUUGUCGCCGCCCGCAACAACCCCGUCCCCGCCCGCAUCGGCUCCGUCGUCGCCGCCAGCGGCCCCGUUGCCGCCACUUGCGGCCCCGGCCCCGCCCCGGCCAUGCAUCGUCGCGACCUGA